UCUGCUAUUUAACAUUGUUAACAGUCGCAUUUGAGUCGCAUUUGUUAACAUUGGAGUUGAAUACACGUGCUUCGCUGGUAAACAUGAAAAUCAAAGUCAACGUUUAUUAAAAUAUACAAAGCGAAGACGAUUAUACACAAAAAUAUGACACAUCUAAAGGAAGAGGACACCUCGGCCGUGGCGGAUGAGCAAGAGGCGCGUGGCGUCAUCAAGGAGAGUAGCCAAAUAUUUCGUCGCAAUCGCGCCUUGGGCUACGUGAGCAACCAGGUGCCGGCAGUGACUCGAUAUGUGCAGCGACGUCGAGACACCCUGCUGAUCACCUGCAUUGGACGCUCUUUUCAGGUGUACACCGCUAGCCACUUUCGUCUGUUGCAUGUGAGUGGCCUGCAUCCGGACGAUAUUACGGCCAUGGCCACCGAUAGACUCCACACUUAUACGGCCAGCAAUAAAUGUAUCUAUGCAUGGCGCGCCGGCAAACACAUCCGGCAUGUGUAUCGUGGCCAUGAGCGAGAUGUCCAUCUGCUUCUGCCUUUUGGCCGUAGUUUGAUUGCUGUUGAUCAUAGCAAUGUGCUGAAAGUGUGGAACAUUCCCACCGACGAUGUAUAUCUGGAUGUGCCCUUCAAGAGUGAUGAGUUCCGAAUCACAGCGCUUGCUCAUCCGCCCACGUACGUGAAUAAGAUUGUGUUGGGCUCGCAGCAGGGUCAGCUGAAGAUCAUGAACAUUAAGAAGAACAGCAUCGUGUGCACACUCAGUCAUCACGAUUGUGGUAUCACGUGCAUCGAACCUGCGCCGGCAUUGGAUGUGGUGGCCAUCGGACAUGCCGAUGGCACCAUCAUUGUCCUCAAUCUGAAAUACGAUACAGUGCUGGUGGCCUUCAAGCAGGAGUGGGGCCUGGUCACCGGCUUGACAUUUCGCACCGAUGGACCUCCGAUUUUGGUGUCGGCUUGUAGGAAUGGUUACAUGGCCUUCUGGAAUCUGGAGGAGCAUAAGCUGGCCGGUCAACUGCAGGCGCAUGAGGAGCAAGUGGCCACCGCCAUUUGCCUGCCCAGUGAACCGGUCGUCUUCACCACAUCUCCCGACAACUCCAUGAAACUCUUCGUCUUCGAUAUGCCGGAUGGUGGAGCACGUCAGCUCCGCAUACGCGAGGGUCACACAAAACCACCGCUUUGUAUUCGCUAUCACGGCGGCUCUGGCGUGUCCAUACUCUCAUCCGGCGAGGAUAGCACGCUGCGCGUCUUCUCCACCAUCUCGGAGUCGCUAAACAAAAGCAUGGGCCGAGCCACCUAUAAUCAAAAGGCGACCAAGAAGAAAAAUCGUUUCCAGUACGACAAGUAUGGCAUGCCGCCAAUUGUGGAGUUCACAUCCGAUGUGGCACGCGAGAAGGAGUGGGACAACAUAGCCGCCAUACAUUCGGGCAUUAUACAGACCACAACGUGGACGUUCAACAAAAAUCGCAUGGGCGAACAUCGGCUGGUGCCGACACAGUUUCAAAACAAGCAACGCAGCAAUUUCCAGUGCGAGACGACGUGCAUCAUAUUGACGCAUUGCGGCAACUUUGUCAUCAUUGGCUACAGCAGUGGCGAUGUAGAACGCUUCAACAUUCAGUCCGGCCUGCAUCGCUGCAGCUACGGUGCCCCAAAAGCGGCCCAUGAAUCGGCCGUCCGUGGCUUGGCCAGCGAUAAUCUGAAUCAAUAUGUGGUCACUGGUUGCUCCAGCGGACUGGUCAAGUUCUGGACGUUCAAAGGCAAGACUGAAAGGCCAAUUGCCGUGCUGCGUCUGGCAGAUGGCGUCGCUCUGAUGCGGCAUCAUCGGGAGAGCGCCAUGCUGGCCAUUGGCCUAGACACCUUUAAGGUCUAUGUGGUGGACAUGGCCACACGGGUGGUUGUGCGCAAGUUCAUUGGACAUACGGCGAAGCUGAACGAUCUGGCCUUCAGUCCGGACAGCCGUUGGCUCAUCACAGCGGCGAUGGACUCGACAAUUAAGGUGUGGGACAUACCCUCCUCCUACAUGAUCGAUCAUUUCCGCGUGGAGCGUCCCUGUAUCUCGCUGAGUAUGUCGCCAAGCGGUGAUUUUCUCGCCACUGCCCAUGUAAAUCUGUUGGGUAUUUAUCUCUGGUCAAAUAAGACGCUCUUCAGCCAGAUCUCGUUGCGUUCCAUGGAUCCACACGAGCCCGCACCGUAUGUGGGUCUGCCGGCAAAUGUUUGCGAUGCAAUGGAACUGGAGGAUGCCAUGCAAGAGCUGGGCAUUGACAGCAGCAAUGAGCAGAAUGCUGAACUGGGCGAGGAGAUCAAUGCCAAAUACGAAACGCCUAAGCAACUAGCACCCGAGCUGAUUACGCUAUCGGGUCUGGCUGCGUCACGCUGGCAAAAUCUGCUGGAUCUGCAGCUGAUCAAGCAGCGCAACAAGCCCAAGGCACCACCAAAGGUACCCAAACAGGCGCCCUUCUUUCUGCCAACGGUAUCCGGUCUGGAGUUGCGCUUCGAUGUGGCCAAUGGUGCGCCCAGCGCCACGGAUGGUUCCCGCAUCCAGCAAGUGUCUGCCCUUAACAAUCUGACUGCCUUUGGCAAGCUGCUGGAAACGACAGCCACAAGUAAUGACUUUGAUGCCGCUUGCAAGCACAUCACCCAACUUGGACCGUCGAUGGUGGACUUUGAGAUCAAGUCACUGCAUCCAGAAGCCGGCGGCACUCUGCUCGCAAUGCUGCAGUUUCUUAAACUGAUCGAGUUUAUGUUCAGCACAAAUCUCGACUUUGAGCUGGCCCAAUCCUAUCUAAGCGUCUAUCUCCGCUCCCAUGGCCUUAGUCUAAGCGAAUCACCAGAGAUUGUCCAAUCCCUGCGCAGUGUCUCCCAGGCGCAACAGUUGGCCUGGGAGCGUGUCGAAAGCAAACUGAUUUAUGGCAUUGGCGUCGUCUCCGCACUGCGAAACUUUGCUCGCUAAAUUUGUAUAACUGUAGCCGCUUUUUACAUGUUUGUAAAUAAAUUGACAUCAUAUUUAAAUAA